AUGGCUCACUCCCACGAUGGUGGCCUCGACCACAGCCAUGAUGACCCUUUCAACGGGCACGGCCACUCUCACGACAUCUUGGAUGGCCCAGGCUCCUACGUUAACCGCGAGAUGCCGCUGAUCGAGGGCCGCGACUGGAAGGACCGCGCCUUUACCAUUGGUAUUGGAGGACCCGUCGGCUCCGGCAAGACAGCCCUCAUGCUCGCCCUCUCCCGUGCCCUCCGCGACGAAUACAACAUUGCAGCCGUAACAAACGACAUCUUCACCCGCGAAGACGCCGAAUUCCUCACCCGCCACAAAGCUCUCGCCCCCAACCGCAUCCGCGCCAUCGAGACUGGCGGUUGCCCCCACGCCGCCGUCCGUGAGGACAUCAGCGCAAACCUGCUUGCCCUCCAAACACUUCAAAAGCAAUUCUCCACCGAUUUACUGCUGAUCGAGUCCGGUGGUGAUAACCUCGCUGCAAACUACAGUCGCGAGCUGGCAGAUUUCAUCAUCUACGUUAUUGAUGUUGCUGGUGGUGAUAAGGUGCCCCGGAAGGGUGGACCUGGUAUCACUGGUAGUGAUUUGCUGGUUGUGAAUAAGAUUGAUCUUGCCGAGGCUGUUGGUGCUGAUCUGAAGGUUAUGGAGCGGGAUGCAGCUAAGAUGCGGGAGGGUGGUCCUACCGUUUUUGCUGUUGUUAAGCAUGGAAAGGGCAUGGAGCAUAUUAUUAACUUGAUUAUUAGUGCUUGGAAGGGGAGUGGAGCUUAUGAGCUUAGUUUGCAGCGGUGGAAGGAGGGUGCGCCCCGUGGUUCGGGGAGUAUUGAUGAGUAG